UUGUAUUAUGACAACCAGCAUCUGUGGCUGUCAGAAUAUCCCAACAAUGGCUACCUCUAAUUGGAGGCAGGGGCGGACUGACAACUCAUGGGGCCCCGGGCAAUAGGGAGAUCAUGGGGCCCCUGUGUGUCCUUGCCCAAACUCAAAAAAGCCUAUGAAAAAAGGCACCAGGGGCAUCUCAUGGGGGCCCCCUACUGACCCCGGGCCCUCGGGCAGUGCCCAAGUUUCCAAAUGGUCAGUUCGCCCCUGACCUUG